AUGGCCUAUCUUCUUGGGUGGAAAGAUAUUCUCAGGCCGAUUCGCGAUGGUUACCGCCAUCUAUUUCCCACUCCGGACUCUGGGCCUACCCCGGAAGAGAGGCGCCAACAGCGCGCAUUAGAUCGACUGAAGGGCUUCGCCUACUUCGAUACCUUUGAGCAAUUGGAAUCGUGGACCGAGGCUGACUCUGACCCUCUGCAAAGAGCCAAUACGCCGUUGUUGCGAGCCACCGGUGGAGUUCCGACCGACGACUGCAAAACUGGUGCUCUCUUGAUCCAUGACUAUUCUGGCAACUACCAUGACUACGAAAGCGUGCAGGCCGCCGGUGUAGACAAAGAACUCUACUCGUGUGAAUAUCUCCAGUUUGUUGAUACUUUUGUCUACUUCUCCCAUAAGCUGGUCUGUGUGCCCCCACCAACAUGGACGAAUACGCUUCACCGAAAUGGUGUGGAAGCGCUGGGCACCUUCUUGAUUGAACCGCAAACCGAAGGCUCGGAACGUUUGUUGAAUCAUACAACAGAAGAGUCUGGGGAUUUGAACUUUCCCAUGGCGAAGAAGUUGGCCUCCAUUGCAACACACUUCGGCUUCGAUGGCUGGCUCAUAAACAUCGAAAAACCCUUCCCAAGCGACGUGUGGGAUCCAGAGGUUCUCGAAGCCUUUCUACGCCAGCUUAAGGCUGAGCUAGGAGUAGAUAGACGGCUCAUAUGGUAUGAUGCGCUCACCACUCCCAACAAGAUAUCUUACCAGAACGCGCUGACCAGCUCCAACCUCAAAUUUGCCGACGCAUGCGAAAACCUACUCACCAAUUACUGCUGGACGGACAUUCAUGUUUCUGAAUCAAUAAAGCUCGGACAGUACGCUGGCUAUCUUGGCCCUUACGCUAAAGGCAAGAAGAAGAGUAUCUACUUUGGCGUGGAUGUCUGGGCACAGAAGAAGUCUAGUUUUACUCAUCCUCGCGUCACAUAUCCAGAAUAUGGGGGCGGUGGUACAAACACUGGAGUCGCAUUGGCCAGACUCUCAGACACAGGCCUGUCGGCCAUGAGCGGGACGUCGAACGCACCGUCUGGGAAGGUACUCCACUACCGGAGGGCAUUGAGUGCACCUGCGGAGAUUGCACAUCGCGCCAUCCGCCAAACAAAGAGCGUCCAAUCCUACACACAGCCAAAGAGCGCGUGGCAGGCUCAGAACACUUCUUUUACACCGACUUCACCCGCGCAUUCUCUCCACAUGAUGACGACGCAAAACACCUAUUCAACAACUGCAACACAAACUCACAACUGGGCUCGCAAUCCGUUCUUCCACGUCCAGCCUGCCUUCUCCCCGAAAGCGAAUGCGUCACACUCUCGCACCAAAUAG